CAAUGCAAACUUCUUUCUCAGAAAUGGUCUAUGAUCCAUGCAUAUUAUCAGGGCAACAUCAUGGUCGACUUUGCAAAACAGAAGUCGAGAGAACAGGUACUACGAGCGUCGACCAGCAGUUUGCCCGCUGUAACGUUCAGAGAAGGAGCCCCGARCGUGGACUUAAGAGGAUAGCAGAGCUUACUAUGAAUAAAGCGAAUCGCGAUAGCGUUCUUGUCAUGGAGUCYACCAGGGAUAACACUCCGGUCGAGUUACAGAAACAUCACUCCAUUGAAUCGGCAUUGAUACAGGCAUCUAGCAAAGGUUACACUAUAGAAAUGAUACUUGGCAAACACGARAAAUCGAAAGCGAAGAGCCAGCCGGCGAAAAAUGAAAACGUUACCUUCCCAGCUGACGUAGAGCACGAGGCAAAUGACGAGGCCCAAAGUCCGAAUGAAAAGGAUGACUCAUUUGGCGCAGAGUCCGAAAGUUCAAGCGAGGAUAGCAAGUCCAGAAAGAUGCGCAGGAGUAGAACUACGUUUACAACAUACCAAUUACACCAGCUCGAAAGAGCGUUUGAAAAAACUCAGUAUCCAGAUGUUUUCACUCGCGAAGAGCUAGCUUUAAGACUCGACUUGAGCGAAGCUCGAGUGCAGGUUUGGUUUCAAAAUAGAAGAGCUAAAUGGAGAAAGAAAGAGAAGGCAAUGGGUCGAGAAAGUCCAAAUUAUCUSUACCCCUCCCCURCAGACUACCGCCGUGAAAUGCACGAUAUUCAACAGCUUUCAGGAUCAUAUCAUGGCAUGCCUUCUGGGGCAAUAGCAGAGAGAUGGGGCGCUCAUGUACCRGCCCUUAGUUUAGUGUCCCCWUACGCUGCACUCCCYCCGUCAUUUAGCCCGUAUGGACAUCUUCAUGGCUCAACACCUUURUCUCCUACAUCCCCGGGGUUUUAUCCUACGGCAUUUGUAAGAAGUCCUUACCUUCACCCUGCAAUGGUACCUUAUGUGAAGUCACCUGUAAGCCCCCGAGAGGGACAUGACAUGAGAAAGACAAGUAUCGAGGAUCUUAGACAUAAAGCGAGGAAACACUCCGAAUCGAUGACAUCGUCCCCUACAACAGAAGAAGACGAUAUCGUAUCUAAGUAAUUAUGAACAUUUUUUAAAAAUGAUUUAAUUGGGUUCUGCCAAACKUUGGUGACAAAGAAUUUAUGAAAUUUAUUGAAUGUACAAUAUUAUUUGCAUUUCGCUUUCUACAAAGCAGCUUUGAUGUUUGGGUGAAAAAUUUAUUAUUUGUACUGUMAGUGAUAUUUAUUAUAAUAAGCAAAUAAUAGGCGUGGGGUUUCCUAGGUUUGGAGAUAUCGAAAUUUUAAUUUAUAAUCACAAAUUCAUCCACCACGAUAUGUACCGACAAAAACAACCAAUCAACCAUCAGGUGCGGAACUGGGGGAAAGGUUUAACUUAAUGUGGGGGCUGCAACCUUCCUUUGAGGACUACUGGUUAGAAGUUGAGCUUAAAAUGAUAAUACAUUGUUUGGGCAUUUCAUGACAUGUAUCUUUUUUAUGUUACGUUGGUAAAUCUGUCGGAAAAAUAGAAAAUUAAAAAAUCUAAACUUCUAAGCAGGAGUAAAAACUUCUAUAAAGUGAGUCAACAGCAAAAGAUUGCAUAACUGACAAAGCCCAGAAACAGUGGGUAACGCAACAACAACAACAGCAACAUAACAAGAAAACCAACAACUAAAAAACUAAAAACAAACAACCAGGCAUAGAAUAAUGAAAAAUUAUACAAAACGUAAAAAAAUAAUAAUCAUCAUCAUCAUAAGAAGUCGACCAGUUCAUACCGUGGCACAAUGACUAGAUGAAUCGUGAACACACCAUAGAGUAACCACGUGGAACCAUCAGUAAAUGCCAGAAUUGACAACAUUCACAACGCAGUGGUUAGCAGAAAUUAUUUGCACAAUAGAUCAUGCUGGAUAUCUUUUCCGUGAGUACUUUAUGGUGAACUGAGCUCUAAUUAUUGUGUCAUUCUAGUUUUGAUGGAUAAAUGUAAAUAUUUUCUCAAAAUUUAGGCGUUUUGACAAAUGUAUGACCAAUUUGUAAUACACAUUUCAGAAGAUUUAUAUUCAUCAAUAAAAUAUUUGGA